UCUAAUCAGAACAACUUCAAGAAGCUGCUUUCUGGCUUGCAUGAUAAGGGAUGCUAUACCUUUUUUUACAUCCCCUUUCAAAGAGGGAAAACUUCCUUCUUCUUUGAGUCUCAUUCUCGGAGUGAGGCUGUGUGUGACAGACUGAUACAAGUGGGUCCUCUGGGAAUCCAGUUGUAGUCCCACAUGAGAUGGAGGCUCAGACAGUCACGUGGUUGUUUUUUCUGGCCCUAAUAAAAUAUGUUUCUACAAGUGACCCUGGAAGUCCGGUUAAAUACCCGCCUACUGAACCUCUACUGUCUAUGAGGUCUGAGGUCACAGAAGGUCAGAACAUCACCAUCAGCUGCACUGUUGAAAGUUUCCCACAGUCAACUCUCACCUUGAUGAGGAUCGACAAAUAUGAUCAGCAUUUAAAAAUCACUGAAACUAAUCUUAAUUCACGACCCAUCAACUCUCUCUCCCACGAGUUUACUGUGACUUCAGCCGACGCUGGCUUGUACUUCUGCCGUGCCCAGAACACUGAGGGCUCAAAGGACAGCAAGCAGAAGAAGUUGGUGGUGAAAUACCCGCCCACUGAACCUCUACUGACUAUGAGGUCUAACGGCACAGAAGGUCAGACCAUCACCAUCAGCUGCACUGUUGAAAGUUUCCCACAGUCAACUCUCACCUUGAUGAGGAUCAACAAAUAUCAUCAGACUUUAAAAAUCACUGAAAAUAAUCUUAAUUCACGACCCAUCAACUCUCUCUACCACAAGUUUACUGUGACUUCAGUCGACGCUGGCUGGUACAUCUGCCGUGCCCAGAACACUGAGGGCUCAAAGGACAGCAAGCAGCAGGAGUUGGUGGUGAAAUUUGCUCCAAAACACACACACAUCACUUUGUCGGCAGAGAAGCAGGAGCCUGAUGGGAGGAGCUCCGUGAUGCUGAGCUGCUUCAGUCACAGCUUUCCCCCAGUACACAACUACUCAUGGUACAGGAGGAGUCAGGGAGAGGAAAAGGAUGAACUUGUGUCCGAGCAUCAAAACCACACAGUGUACUCAAACCAGUCAGGAGUCUACUACUGCAUCGCACAAAAUGAAGUAGAUCAAAGUUUGUCUGAUCCCGUCCGUCUGUUUGAACGAAAUCCGCACAUCCUGAAGUUCCUCGUUCCUUCUCUAUUUGUCCUGAUGAUUAUCAUUUUAAUCGUCGUAGUUUUAAGAUACAGGAAGAAAAAAUCUAUUCAACAAGGAACAAAAAACACAGAAUCCCCUUCUGGUUUUUCGGAGCAGUUGGGACGUCCAGAGGCCCCUGGAAACCAGCCUCUUCCAGACAGCACGCCUCCGACCGACAUCAACCUUGUUUACAGCAGUUUGAAUCUGCCCCAGGCUGCCUCUGCACAAAACCCCACAAGACGGCAAGCUGGAAACACCGAGGACUAUUCUGUCCACUAUGCUCCUCUGCACUUUAAGACGAACAUAAAGAAGAAGCAAAGAAAGGUGGAAGAAGACUCUGUGUAUGCGAUGGUGUCUAACCCAACACAAGUUAGAAAAGAAUGAACCAGAGAGCCUGCAGGACUAAGAAAACAUUAGUAAUGCAGCUGCACGUGCACCAACAGCAGCUCACACCAAGAUGAGAGUCAAUACUCUGACGUCAGGAUUUGACCCAAGAUGUUCUCAUCACAGGUCAUCACAGAGAGUCUGAAGAGUUUGUGUGUUAAACAAAAUAGGUUGUAAUUGUAAAUCUACAGUAAUGUAAGCUGGUCAACAAACUUUAUGCAGCUACAACAAAACCCUGUGUGUUGCCAUUUGGAGUGUUUUAAAACAAGUUAGCAAGAAGUCACAUAAGUUACAUUACUGAGCUAAAAUGAAAAAAAUAUUUAUAACUGUUAAUUAAAGGUUUUGGGGAAAUGUAGUGAACUAAGCAAAAUGUGAGGGAUGAACGGUUAAAAUCCUUAUUUUGUAACUUAAACUGUAAAUAUUAUGAGUGUUAAACGAUUGUAUUAAUAACUUCAUAUAUAAUAGUUGGGACCUGGUAUUUGUGAACUACUGGUGUUCGGCCUUCAUGUGUAGUCAAAAGCCUAAAGCCUUAUGUCCUUUGUUCUGGAGAAAACCAGAGCCUCCCGAACUCAGUCUCCCAGGGUGCCUGAACGUCACACAGAGGUGUGAAAACCGACUGGAGACACAAGUGUCAACCACUAUUGGUCAGUCUGGGCCCCAUGACCUAUGAGGUCACCAAGCCAAUAUAAGACGAGGUCUCCCUCUCUUCAUUCUCUUUCCAUCUAGCUAGAAGCUUGGCUUGUCCAACUCCUCGUCCUGCCGGAGAACUUCAAACAGCAAAACCACUGAUCUGCACAACAGAACCACAAAGGCAGGGGCCACACAACCAGCAAGAUUACUUCACAGAACGUCCAACAGCACAGCAACCUCUAUUCCCUUUCCAUGGACAGUAACACAAUUGGGCUUAAUAAUUAUACUAGGUGAUAUUUAUAAGUUUGAUUUGUGUUGCUGUGAUAUUUUGGUUACAAGUUAUUUGAAAGUUAAUGUUAGUUCUGCUCUUCAGUCUUUCCUUGCAUGCAUCUAGUAACUUUCUCUAGUUUGGCACCAACACAGACACACACAUAUCUCUUCAUCCAUCGCACUGACCCCCGCCACAUGUCGUAAACAUUCCAAAGGGGAGAGUCCCACACACAGACAAACACAGACGCAUACUCACAUACAUAUCUUCAUUUAGUAAGUACACUGUUAGUAAUUUGUGUUUCUUUACUUUAUUAUAUUUAUGAUAAAUGUUUUACUUUCACAAAUGUUUUUUCAUUAAUGUUGCAUAAGUGAAUUUCGCCAACCUCUCCACUGUCAAGAACUCUAUACCCUUCAACUUAGCUUAUUAUCUAUAUUGUAAUUGUGGUUAUGGUUAUGACUUUAAUGUUUAAUCAGAGUUCUGUAGUUAGUACUUUAACAACAUUUAUUGAAUGCUGAAAGGCACAUCAUUUUAUGGAAUCUCAUUUAAUGCAUUAUUGCACAACACAAUCUAUAUAAAUAGCAUACAGUUAGACAAGAAAUGCUGAGAAUCACUGCUGAAUUUAUUUUUUUUUUGUCCUUUCCAGUGUUGUGAACUUAAUCCAAACCAACACUUGAAAUGUGAAUAUCCUGUAGCUCAAAAUAAAAUGAAAUAUGUUGGAACAGA